CUCCCAACUGCACACCAGAGGCUCAGGGCCACAGUGGCAUAGACACCAUCAAAAGAAGAGAAGGCAGGAAGGAAGCAACUUUGUGGCAGAAACAGGUUUUGGGAAGGAGUAGGAGGCCUUUCUGGAUCAGCAGGACCAUUUGCUGGCAGUUCCCACUUGGUAUCAGAAAAUAAAGUUUUUCAGGAAUCAUGAAGGUUCUCCUCCACUGUCAGAGACUUAGAUUCAUCUGGCUUGCCAAGCCGGCUGGCCGGCACUUCCACAGAGAUCCCCACCUCUGGGCACCUCUGACGCUGGAUGACUUUGAAGCCAUCAAUCGCUGUGAGAAGCCAUUACCCAAGAACUUUAACUUUGCUGCAGAUGUACUGGACCAGUGGUCCCAAAAGGAGAAGUCUGGAAAGAGGCCAGCCAGCCCAGCCCUGUGGUGGGUGAAUGGCAAAGGAGACGAGGUGAAAUGGAGCUUCCAAGAACUGGGUUCCUUGUCCCGGAAGGCUGCCAACGUGCUCACCCAGCCCUGCGGCCUACAGAGGGGAGACCGGGUGGCUGUGAUUCUGCCCCGCAUCCCUGAAUGGUGGCUCAUCAAUGUGGCUUGCAUGAGAACAGGACUUGUAUUCAUGCCAGGAACGAUCCAACUGACCAGAAAAGAUAUCCUCUACCGGCUGCAAGCAUCCAAGGCCAAGUGCAUUGUGGCCAGUGAGGAAGUGGCCCCUGCAGUGGAUUCCAUUGUGUCAGAGUGUCCCAACCUGAAGACUAAACUCCUGGUGUCUCCACACCACUGGGACGGGUGGCUCAGCUUCCAGGAGUUACUUCAAUCGGCCUCUGAGGAGCACAAUUGUGUGGAGACAGGUAGUCAAGAACCAAUGGCCAUUUACUUCACCAGUGGGACCACAGGCUCCCCCAAGAUGGCUCAGCACUCACAGAGCAGCCUUGGCAUUGGGUAUGCCGUUUGUGGAAGGUACUGGUUGGACUUGGCAGCCUCAGAUAUCAUGUGGAACAUGUCAGACACUGGCUGGAUCAAGGCUGCCAUUGGUAGUAUGUUUUCUACAUGGCUUCGAGGUGCUUGUGUUUUUGUGCAUCGGAUGGCCCAGUUCGACACUGAUACCUUCCUAGAUACACUUACCACAUAUCCCAUCACGACCAUGUGCAGUGCCCCUACAGUGUACCGGAUGCUCGUACAAAAGGACCUAAAGAGAUAUCAAUUCAAGAGGCUGCGGCACUGCUUGACAGGAGGGGAGCCACUCAAUCCCGAGGUACGGGAACAGUGGAAGAUGCAAACUGGACUGGAGCUGUACGAGGGCUACGGACAGACUGAAGUGGGAAUAAUUUGUGCCAAUUGCAAAGGAGAAGAAAUUAAACCAGGCUCCAUGGGAAAAGGAGUAGCACCCUACGAUGUCCAGAUUAUAGAUGAAAAUGGAAAUAUCCUACCAUCUGGCAAGGAAGGGAAAUUGCUGAAGUCUGAUCGGCCCUUCUGUUUCUUCUCUGAAUAUGUGGACAAUCCAGAAAAGACUGAUGCUACAAUAAGAAGAAAUUUUUAUGUCACUGGAGACAGAGGAGUGAAGGACGAUGAUGGAUACUUCUGGUUUGUCGGCAGAGCUGAUGAUGUCAUUAUAUCCUCUGGGUAUCGAAUUGGGCCAUUUGAAGUAGAGAGUGCACUGAUAGAGCACCCGGCAGUAGUUGAGUCAGCUGUUGUCAGCAGUCCAGAUCCGAUCCGAGGAGAGGUGGUGAAGGCAUUUAUUGUAUUAGCUGCACCCUUCAAGUGCUCCAACCGUGAGAAGUUAACCGCUGAACUUCAGGAGCAUGUGAAAAACUCAACAGCACCUUAUAAGUACCCAAGAAAAGUGGAAUUUGUUCAAGAACUCCCAAAGACCAUCACUGGAAAAAUCAAACGCAAUGUGUUAAGAGACCAGGAAUGGGGACGAGCAUAACUGGAUGAGAACCUUGGCAGAAAAAGUGAUGCGGCUUGUUUCAGUUCUAGCUUCCUGAUAGUUCAGCGACUACUCUUAAAACGCUUGAAUGCUUUCUUCCUAGUUCACUCUUAAAAUACUGUCUUUCCUGUUUCUCUUAAAAUGCUUUAACAUUCGUUUUUUCCUGUUUGAAAAUAGUAAUAUCUAGGAAAACAAUAAAGGAACAAGCAAAAUCUAAACAUACUUGAGAAGGGUACUGUUGUGAUGAUCAAACCAACAGAGAAUGAAGUGUCAGAGGUCAAAUGCCUCCAGAGAAAAGGGCAGCAUACCAUGAAUCUGUGCUUUAUACAUCUUGUCCUGAUAAUUCCAAAGUAAAGAUGAACUGUCC